UUCCAUCAUUCAUUACCUCCCUUCUCCAACACUUAACCCAACUAACACCACCACUACACCUAAUUUGUUGCAGCCUCUUUUGGAUUUGGCCUUGCACUUAAAGAAAAGCAAAAACAUAAAAUAAAAUAGCAAUGAUUGUAUUGGUGGUAUGUGCGUAGGUUGUUCAAAGCUACCCUUUCAAUCCAAUUAUCUUCUACAGUUCAAAAUUCUCCUCAUGCUUCUUAAUGGUUUCAAAUAUAUAAAUCAAUUUGAAACAAGAUUUGUAAGGUGAACAUAGAUGAAGAUUAGAAGAAGCUUUGCCUAGUGAGGAAAAAAAAAAGAAAAAAGCAGAGGAUAAGAAAAUGAGUACUGCAAGGUUCAUCAAGUGUGUGACAGUAGGCGAUGGAGCGGUAGGGAAGACUUGUAUGCUGAUUUCCUACACUAGCAAUACCUUUCCAACGGAUUAUGUUCCAACUGUUUUCGACAACUUCAGUGCUAAUGUUGUGGUGGAUGGUAGUACAGUGAACCUUGGCCUAUGGGAUACUGCUGGACAAGAAGAUUACAACAGACUAAGGCCUUUGAGUUAUAGAGGAGCUGAUGUGUUUCUAUUGGCCUUUUCUCUCAUUAGCAAGGCCAGUUAUGAAAACAUCUACAAAAAGUGGAUCCCUGAGCUCAGACACUAUGCUCCAACCGUGCCAAUUGUGCUCGUGGGAACCAAGCUUGACUUAAGAGAAGACAAGGAAUAUUUGACUGAUCAUCCUGGUGCAACACCAAUAUCAACAGCCCAGGGAGAAGAAUUGAAAAAGAUGAUAGGUGCAGUGUCUUACAUUGAAUGCAGUUCCAAAACUCAGCAGAAUGUGAAGAUGGUAUUUGAUACGGCAAUAAAGGUUGCUUUGCGCCCACAAAAACUGAAGAAAAAACCACAUAAGCCAAGGCCAUGCACACUUCUUUGAAUCCAAAUAAGUUGAUUAUUAUACAUCCAUAUAUAAAAAUAUGUGCUGUCAAAAUUUUCACAGUUUAUCUUUUUUCUUUUUUAAGUCAUAUUUUCAAUAUAAGUUCCUUACAAGCUUCUUUUUUUCUUUUUUAAGUCAUAUUUUCAAUAUAAGUUCCUUACAAGCUUGGAUGAUAUCGACAAAAGACUUAGAUGUCUUAUGCUUCUUGGUUGAGUUUCAACAAUUGCAGCAAGCAAAAUGUUUCUUUUAGUAUUUGCAUUA